AUGGAGAAUUAUACCAAAAAAACGAAUUCGGUUUUAACCAUAACACCUCCAUUUUGGAAUAUAGAAAAAAGGAAAAAUUAUGUUAAAAAAACGUUAAAUAAUAAGGAAACAAAAUUUAAAAACAAAAACGUUACAGCAUAUAUUUUUUCUACCUCUUUUUUUAGUGCAUUACUUCUGUCUUUGUUUUAUCUUUUAUUACAAUAUAUCCAUAUAUCUAAAGGGAACCUAUACUUGCAACUGCAGCUAAAAAAUAGACAUUCAAGGAUAUUGUAUAAAUACAAUCCCUUGCUAAUAAGGGGAAUCAAAAAUCAUAACGCAACAAGUCUAGAGAAGAAGGAAAUUUUCUCAUCGCACCAUGAAGAAAAAGAUACUGCUUCUAAAAAAUUAGCUAAAAAGAUCGAUGAAAUGGAAAAUACAUUUAUAAAAGAUUAUCUCUCGAAAAAAAACAUAGGGAAUCAUGAAACAUUUAAAAAAAAUGAAAACCUAUUUAAAUGUAGUAAUUCAAAAAAAUGUGAAGAUGUAACAGAUGAAGAAUUAAAUGAAAAAAUAAAUAAUUUAAAGGGACCCGUGGAUCCCAAAACUAUGUAUCUUGUUUGGAAUUUUGUGUAUAAUCAUGAAAAAAAAAAAUAUAUUCGUAUGCAAGGAGACACACUAAAGUACUGUAAAUCAUUAGCAAGCGAUUACAAAAUACCAAUCAAUUAUGAAAAGAAAACAUGGAAAAAUAUAAAUAUUAAAAUGACAGAAGCUUUCUUGAAAAAAGGACAUUCUGAUUUUAAAAAUAUAAAGACUUUCGCAGGUGAAGAUUUAUGCGCAAGGUGGGAAUUUCAAAGGUACAUAUAUAUGAAAAGAAAAUUAUGGACAGAAUAUCGGGAAAAAAUUAAAGAAAAGUGGAUAAGUAAGUUAAAUAAUACAUUUAAAAAGUAUAAUGAAAAAAAAUAA